GCCGUCUGCACCUUGAAAUCUCCCUUUCUCCUCCCGUUUCAUCACUCAGAAAUACAAUCUACCACACGAACAAACGAACCAAAAACACGUUCAAUCGCGAUUCAGUCCAAGCAUACCAACAGCCCUCACUUAAUAUACACACUUAUACACUCACAAUGUCGUUCCUCAUCGAGACCACCGGCCGCCGUCUGGCUACCCUCCCCCGCGUCAUCCCUAGAACCUUUGCCGUCGCGCCCAGGUCUUUCACCACCACCGUUCCCGCUCAGAAGUCUGCGACCGAGACCGUCAAGGAUGGCCUGAAGACUGUCGACCGCAAGGUCAGCGACAAGCUCGUCGACGGCAUUGACGUCGGAGCCAACGUCGCCGAGAAGGUCAAGCAGGCCGUCCCCAACACAACGGGCGAGGCCAAGGGCAAGGCCCAGGAGCUCAAGGGCGAGGCUAAGGGCAAGGUCAACGAGCUGUCGGGCCAGGCCAAGGGCAAGGCACAAGAGCUUAAGGGCGAAGCGGCCGGCAAGACCAAGGGCGCCGCCGACCAAGUGAAGGGCACCGCCGACCAGGUUAAGAAGAACCUGUAAGGGGUUGCGAUGGUUCUGAUCCGUCUUUGACGAGACGUGAGAAAAAAUGAGGAAUUGUACGACGCAUAAUUCAUGACUGGGCAUGCGCCAAGGCCCAUUGUACACUACCAUUACUACUACUUCUGCCUCAUAGCAUGGAAAGGGAUUCUUCGGGUCUAUCAAGGGGGCGUUUUCACAAGCUCAAUCAAAACUUCGAUUGAUGACGAUACA